AUGCUCUCUGGGCAGAAGGGCCUCGCCGUGACCUUGAAGCUGGGCCUGAGCCGGGAGGAACCCCCUUACCUGGAGAAGAACGAGGAGAGGACGCUGAAGCUCAAGGCCUGCCCUGUGCCGAAGGCCCUGCGUGCGGAACCGCCACCGCGGCGCUGCCACAACCACUUCGAAGGGGGUGGAUUCCUCUGCACCAAGCGCGGGCUCUGCGAGUCCCUGGUGGCUCACUUCCUCCACUUCGGCCGCGACCCUUUCGGAGCGGUCCCGUUGACGUUCCUAGUCCACGGCAGCAGCGACCCUCAGUUCGCCAUGUUCGAGGAGGCAUAUCGCUACUUCUCAGACGAAGCGAAGCAGCGGAUCUGGAUCGUCAAGCCGGCCGAGUGGGCGAACAGGGGUUGCGGCAUCCGCAUCUUCAGAACGAUUGAAGAGGUCCGGGCCCGGGUGGACGCCAAAGAGCGUGCCUGGGCCAUCCAAAAGUACAUUGAGAAGCCGCUCUUGGUGCACGGGCGCAAGUUCGACAUCCGCGCGUACUGCCUCCUUCUCCAAGAUCCGGCCACCAUGGCUUUCAAAGCCUUCUGCUACAGGGAUGCAUAUCUUCGCACCACCAGCGCUCAGUACACAACCAAGACCUUCGACAGGAUGGUGCAUCUGAACAACGACGCCGUGCAAAAGAAAGGCGACGACUACGGCAAGUUCGAGCCGGCAAACAAGAUGUCCCUGGAAGAGUUCCAGAAAUAUCUGGAUGAGCACCACGUCCGCAGCGUCAGCGUGCGGGAGGACUUGAUGGUGCAAGUUCAGGGCCUCAUGACCGAUGCAAUGCGGGCCACGGUCGCCAAGAUGAACCCGCGGCAGAUUGUCAACUGCUUCGAGGUGUUCGGCUUCGACUUCAUGGUCGACGUCGACUUUCGAACCUGGCUAAUUGAGUGCAACGCCAACCCAUGCCUGGAUCUCUGCAGCGCAUAUCUCUCGCACCUGAUCCCCAGCAUGUUGGACUCAGCUCUGCAACUCACCGUGGACCAGAUCUUCGCAGACAUCGGGGCUGGCGGUAAAGACGGCGCUGGCAGCAAGUGGGAUCUCCUGCUUGACACAGCGCAGGAGGCUCCCGGCGCGGUGAGCAGCGCGUGGGUCGAAGAGUUGCCUGCAGGUGCCGAUGGCAGCUUGGCUUGCUUCUUGCUUCUUGCUGCUGUUUAG